CUCCCUCUCUCUCGGUCUCUCGACAUUCACCUCACCUCAGACUCAAACCUCACCUCACGUCACCUGACCUCACCUCAGUAUCUUCUGAACGGAACCGUACCACUCUCCUCGCCGAUUUGUCUCUCCUUCCACAUCCGUCGCCUGAAUCCCGAAUCUACCCACACCAGUCCUCACUCCUCACCUGAAUCGCGCCUUCACCCACUGUCCAUACCACCCGAAUUCUUCGGCUCCUGAAUCGAGCUCUUGGUCUCAGUCCGCACUCCUCCUCACUGCAAAAGGCUAUGCGAAUUCAUCUCCAAUAUGAAUUGUGUAUGAUUUAUCCUUCCUGGUGUGAAAUCAUGAUUUCUUUUACUAUUUAGAACAAGAAAAGAAACCUUGAUUUGAACAGUUCGUUAUGUUUACAAGGUAAAAUAAAUUUUGCUCAUAAUGUAAUGCUGCUGGAAUGGUCAUCAAAGCAUGACAUUAUCUGUGCUUUUAAACUGUUUGCACAUGCAUAGAUCCUCACUCACGGGAACACUUGCACACAUGUAAACUAUAAGUUCAUAUCCCGCUUCUUUGACUCAAAUUAUGUCAGUCGUAGAAGAAAUUCUGAAGGAACCUAGUAAACUCUGGUUUUGGAUUUGUUAAUUUAUUUUUGUUGCAUGCAUUUGUAGCAGAACAGGCAGAUUGGGAGUGUAGAAUAGGCAGCAGUUUGUUAAUUUAUUUUGAUGAUCACUUCACUGCACAGCCAAGAUAUGAUAUGCAGUGCACAGCCAAGAUAUGCAGUGCAGAUUUGCUAUCCUGCACACUGCACAGGCACAGCCAAGUUAUAGCCCAGCCAAAUUUUGAUCACUGCACUGCCAAGAUAUGCAGUGCCGAUUUGCUAUUCUGCACACUGCACAGCCACAGCCAAGUUAUUAUAGCCGAAAAGCCGAAAAGCACAAAAAUAUUUCGGGAUUCCCAUUGUCCCAAAAAUACCGAAACUAUUUAGGGAUUCCCAAAAAUUGGGAUUCCCGAAAAAUUGGUUUGGGAUUGGUCUUGAAAUUGGGAAUCCCGAAAAUUUCGGUUUGGGAAUUGGGACUAAGGUUUCAGUUCGGUAUCACAUACUGAACCACCCCUAAUUUUAAGCACACAAAAAUGGGACUAGAAAACGACAUAUUAAUCAUGGUCGUAUUCAUUGAUAACGUGAAAACAAAGAAAUAAAAACACAGGAAAAAUGGAAAAAAAAUACUAAUUGCUUUAAACUUGUUCUUCUCUCGAGAUCCAUCCACCUGAGACGGGUGAAGCCAUGCAUUCAUAUCUCGCUCACAGACUCUAAUCCCACUUUGAUCCAGUCCCCAACGUUCUUAUAUCGCUUGCAAAUUACACGAAAACCCAACCCAAAAGUCAGAGAAUUGGCAAUUCAAUCCAGAGAUAUAGAAGAAGAAGAAGAAGAAGAAUAAAGAGGAGGAAGAAGAAGAUGUAUAUGGCAUAUGGAUGGCCGCAGGUCAUCCCACUCGAACAGGGUCAAUGCCCUUCUUCCCAAAAGAUCAUAUACUUCAAGGUCAUCAAUCGCUUGCUGCUUGUCGUCUCUCCCUCUCACCUUGAGCUCUGGAGCUCUUCCCAGCAUAAAGUUAGACUGGGGAAGUACAUGAGGGAUUCAGAUUCAGUGCAGAGGGAAGGUGAGAAUUUGCAAGCUGUUUGGAGCCCUGAUGCCAAAUUGAUCGCCGUUCUUACAUCGUCAUUCUUUCUUCACCUUUUCAAGGUCCAGUUUACUGAGAAAAAAAUACAACUAGGAGGGAAGCAACCCUCUGGUUUGUUUCUUGCUUCUAUAUCUCUUCUUCUCAGUGAGCAGGUGCCAUUUGCAGAAAAUGACUUGGCAGUGAGCAAUAUUGUAAGCGAUAGCAAACAUAUACUAUUUGGACUUUCUAAUGGAGGACUGUAUAGUAUCUCCUGGAAAGGAGAGUUCUAUGGGACUUUUGAUCUAGAUCCAUUUCCACGUGAUGGCAGUGAAGUUAUCCCGUCACCACAUUCUUUAGAUAAUGGUGUUGCUUCUAAAGGGGUUCCAGGAGCGAUUUGCAUCUCCCGGAAGUCUGCUAUUAUCCAGCUAGACCUUAGCUAUCCAUUGAGGUUGCUGUUUGUGUUGUAUUCUGAUGGACAAUUAGUGUCAUGUUCUAUAAGUAAGAAAGGUUUAAAACAUGUUGAAUCUAUUAAAGCUGAGAAAAGGUUGGGGGUUGGUGAUGCUGUAUGUGCUUCAGUAGCUUCAGAGCAACAAAUCCUUGCUGUUGGUACCAAAAGAGGGCUUGUGGAGUUAUAUGACCUUGCAGAAUCUGCAUCACUGAUUCGAUCCGUCUCUCUUUAUGACUGGGGAUACUCAAUGGAAGACACUGGACCUGUCAGUUGCAUUGCGUGGACACCUGAUAAUUCUGCUUUUGCAGUUGGGUGGAAGUUAAGAGGACUUACAGUUUGGUCUGUCUCUGGUUGUCGUUUGAUGUCAACAAUCCGUCAAAUAGGUUUAAGUUCAGUAUCUUCUCCAAUGGUUAAGCCUAUCCACGAAUGUAAAUAUGAACCUUUGAUGACUGGCACCUCACUGAUGCAGUGGGAUGAAUAUGGAUAUAGGCUUUAUGCUAUUGAAGAAAGAUCUUUGGAGAGGGUUCUUGCAUUUUCCUUUGGAAAAUGUUGCCUUAACAGAGGAGUCUCAGGAAUGACAUAUGUUCGUCAAGUGAUAUAUGGUGAUGAUCGAUUGCUUGUUGUGCAGUCUGAAGAUACUGAUGAACUUAAAAUGCUACAUCUUAACCUUCCAGUUUCUUAUAUCUCCCAAAAUUGGCCAGUUCAACAUGUAGCUGCUAGCAAGGAUGGAAUGUACUUGGCAGUUGCUGGUCUCCAUGGGUUAAUCAUAUAUGAUAUACGAUGGAAGAAGUGGCGAGUGUUUGGAGACAUUACUCAGGAACAAAAGAUUCAGUGCAAAGGUUUGUUAUGGAUGGGGAAGAUUGUUGUUGUCUGCAACUACAUUGAUUCUUCUAACACUUACGAAUUGCUUUUCUAUCCAAGAUAUCAUCUUGAUCAGAGCUCGCUACUUUGUCGAAAACCAUUGCUGGCUAAACCAAUGGUGAUGGAUGUCUAUCAAGAGCAUAUACUUGUCACAUAUCGCCCAUUUGAUGUACACAUAUACCAUGUCAAGUUAUUUGGUGAAUUGACACCUUUCACUACUCCAAAUUUACAGCUUUCUACAGUACGAGAACUCUCAAUUAUGACUGCAAAGAGCCAUCCUGCAGCAAUGCGUUUUGUCCCUGAUCAGCUUCCAAGAGAGGGCAUUUCAAACAAUCACAUUUCUAAUUCAGAUCCUUUAUCAAAGGAGCCUGCGAGGUGUUUGAUACAGAGAGUUAAUGGGGAGCUUUCACUUCUUGAUUUGGAUGAUGGACGUGAGAGGGAGCUUACUGAUUCUAUUGAAUUAUUUUGGGUUACAUGUGGUCAAUCAGAGGAGAAAACAAAUCUUAUUGAGGAAGUUUCAUGGUUAGAUUAUGGCCACCGAGGAAUGCAGGUUUGGUAUCCAUCUCUGGGGGUUGACCCUUUUAAGCAGGAGGAUUUCUUACAGUUGGAUCCGGAACUUGAAUUUGAUCGUGAGGUAUACCCUCUGGGACUUCUUCCAAAUGCUGGUGUUGUUGUUGGCGUUUCCCAGAGAAUGUCAUUUUCUGCCAGCACAGAAUUUCCAUGUUUUGAGCCAACUCCUCAAGCUCAAACUAUACUGCAUUGCCUUCUGAGGCACCUUAUUCAGAGGGACAAAAGCGAGGAAGCUUUAAGGUUGGCCCAGUUAUCAGCAGAAAAGCCUCAUUUUUCUCAUUGUUUGGAGUGGCUUCUCUUUACUGUGUUUGAUGCCGAUAUAUCCGGGCAAAAUGUAAACAAGAAUCAGAACUCUGUCCCUAGAUUUGCAAAGAGUCCAACUCUCUUAGAGAAGACCUGUGAUUUGCUCAGAAAUUUUCCAGAAUAUUUUGAUGUGGUCGUCAGUGUUGCAAGAAAAACUGAUGGUCGACAUUGGGCGGAUUUGUUCUCUGCUGCUGGGAGAUCAACAGAGUUGUUUGAGGAAUGCUUCCAACGUAGAUGGUACCGGACUGCUGCCUGCUAUAUACUUGUCAUUGCGAAGCUUGAAGGUCCUGCAGUCAGUCAAUAUUGUGCUUUGCGUUUACUACAGGCAACACUUGAUGAAUCGUUAUAUGAACUCGCUGGGGAGCUGGUGAGGUUCUUGCUGAGAUCGGGAAGGGAAUAUGAACAGCCAUCAACAGAUUCAGAUGGACUAUCUCCCAAAAUUUUGGGCUAUUUUGGUUUCCGUACUAAUUUCAGAAAGCAGUCCUUGGAUAAGAGUACCUCAUUUAAGGAGCAGAACGCACAUGUUGCUUCCGUGAAGAGUAUCUUAGAAAGCCAUGCUAACUUUUUGAUGUCAGGCAAAGAGCUCUCAAAGCUAGUUGCAUUUGUGAAAGGCACUCAGUUUGAUUUAGUGGAAUAUCUUCAAAGAGAGAGAAAUGGAAGUGCUCGGCUGGAGAAUUUUGCUUCAGGGCUGGAAUUAAUAGGACAAAAGCUCCAAAUGGGUACACUUCAGAGCCGGUUUGAUGCAGAAUUCCUUUUGGCACAUAUGUGCUCUGUCAAGUUCAAAGAGUGGAUUGUUGUCCUGGCCACCCUUUUAAGGCGAUCUGAGGUUCUAUUCGAUCUCUUCCAGCACGACAUGCGGUUGUGGAAAGCAUAUAGCAUCACCCUGCAGUCACAUCCUGCAUUUACUGAAUACCAUGAUCUGCUGGGAGAUUUGGAUGAGAGACUUUCGUCCACUGAAACUUUUGAAGAGAAAUGAGGUUAUAGUUGGACCUGUAAAUCCUGUAUCCUGCUUGGCAACAAAUUGGUGCUCGUUCAGUCGUUUUUCCAUGAACAUUUCUGUUUGCGAAGUAAUGAAUGUCCGUCGGAUCAUGUAAAGAUCAACAAGCAACUGACUCACACUGCUGAAAAGGGAACUGAGGCAACAUCGAAGGUCUACUCGGAUACAAUUUUUUAUUCAUUACAAUAAACAAAUUACUGGGAAUUUGAUAUUCUUGUGGAGAGCUGGGAACUUGUUCUCAAGCCUUUUGUUGUCUUUUUGUUUUCUUCACUUGUCACAUUUUGUAUAAUUACUUUUUGGCUAGUUUUAUAAAGGCCGUUUGUACGAGCCACAUGAGCAGAUUUUUUUCGCAUUUUUAAGCAGAUUUGUUCCCUCUCAA